AUGCCUCUCUGCAAUAACUCCUCCAACAACCUCGCCGUGGCCGUUGCACUCCUCUUCGCCGGCGCCUUAUAUAUCAGCUUCUCCUCACCACGUUCGAUUUCCAAUCUUAUCUCCGAUAUUCAACACAAUGCCAACACUCCUCAGCCGCUGAGAAAUAUAGAGUUUCCGGUGGACGAGCUAGAGGCGGUGCUAGACAAGGCGGCGGCAGGAAACAACAAGACGGUGAUAAUAACGGUGGUUAACAGAGCGUAUGUGGAGGAUGUUAAAGGAGAGAGGACGAUGUUUGAUUUGUUCUUGGAGAGUUUUUGGGAAGGAGAGGGAACUCUGCCGCUUCUUGACCAUCUGAUGGUGGUGGCAGCGGAUCAAACGGCCUAUGAUCGUUGUCGUUUCAGGAGGCUCCAAUGCUACAAGAUGGAGACGGAUGGGGUUGACUUGGAGGGAGAGAAAGUAUACAUGUCACCUGAUUUCAUUGAGAUGAUGUGGAGGAGGACUCGCUUGCUCCUAGACGUCCUCCGCCGUGGCUACCAUCUAAUUUUCACGGACACGGACGUGAUGUGGUUAAGGAGUCCUUUUUCCCGGCUAAGCAACAACGGGAGCUUGGAUAUGCAGAUAAGCGUGGACAACAACAACGUGGGAGAUGGACACUUGAUCAACACGGGUUUCUACCACGUCCGGUCCAACAACAAGACCAUCUCCCUCUUUCAAAAAUGGUACGACAUGAGGCUCAACGUGACAGGCAUGAAGGAACAAGACGUCCUCAAGAAUCUACUCGACUCGGGCUUCUUCGAUCAGCUCGGCCUCUCCGUUGGCUUCCUCAACACCAACGAAUUCAGCGGUUUCUGCCAAGACAGUCCCGACAUGGGGGCUGUCACAACGGUCCACGCCAACUGCUGCCGCCACAUCACUGCCAAAGUCUUUGAUCUUACUCUUGUUCUCCAUGACUGGAAACGCUACAAAGCCUCACAUGUCAACAACAAGUGGAGCCCUCAUGCUAAGUGUUCGGGUUCAUGGAAUGAUAACCACUAUAUCCCCAAGCACUGACACUC